AAGCUGGAGCGCAGCUAAUACGAUCCAGAUUAGCUUCAGAUGUAUGCUCCUUGACUAUUCAACUAACAUCCAGAGAAUUGUGUGCGAAUCAGGAAUUUUCUUUGCAUGAGGUGCUUUGGAACCUUGAUGACCCCAUCUGGAAAAAGCCUGGCACCGCAUCAAAAAUCUAAUAGAAGAUAAACAAGCACGUUGCGAGUUGCGAUGCUUUUCCGGAUUAACUUCUAACAGAAACCAAAUAAUCCAUCUUGUGUGUCCUGGAUAUCGCGCUCGACGUGGUGACGCAAGAACAUUUGAAGCCGAAGGCGAAGCGAGUGGGAGCACCGAGGAAAGCGGGCAGCCAAACUUCGCGCAAUCGAGAAGUCGAUGGCGUUUUAGGUGUUCGCGUUUCUUGCGUGAAAUUUCUGGAUCAGCAACCAGUUGUCUAUCCAGCCCAUUCACUCGGAACACAUUUUUUUGGCAACUGUAAUCAGGCUGACCUGAGCAUGUUCCUCCCUAUAUGGUGUUUAAGUUAGUAUGUCAGUGCCUUCGAUGGUACAUCGAUCAGGCGGUGGCAGUUUAGCAGUGCGCAACGUUGCGAGCGGCGACGCUUUACACAAAGUGGCCGACGGCGUCCACGACGUCGACGACGAAGACGCCAACCAGCAGCGGACCGCUGGCAACGAGACGACAACUAGAAUUAUUGGCAGCAUCAACAUCAACGACGAGGAGCCGCCAAGCAAAGAAUUGCCCGACUGUAAGGUGAGACGCAACUACACGUGCCCGUGCUGCGACUUCUUCACGCAGAACCCCCGCCUCUAUCUCUAUCACCUGCGGGAUGUUCACAAUCAGCGGAUAAAAGUGUACGAGUGUCCCAGCUGCUUGUACGCCUCCAAGCACUUUCAAAAACUUCUUAGACAUUCGAAAAUGGUGCACGGCACGAGCGAGGGAGUUAAUGCAGCGGACACGUCCAGGAAGUCGCGCAGACGCUCCGCAGCCGACGUGGCUGAUGAGAGCGAAGAGUCGCAGCAACUCUCCCAAGAGCAUCUCGACGAAGACGUCGGUUUCGACGAGAUGCUUGCGGAAGAUCCGGAUCGGCCAGUGUUGUUCAAAUGUUCGGUGUGCGAUUUUUCGAGCCGUAAUCGCGUCCAAUUGAACAAGCACGAACGCGAGGAACACAUCAAAACGAAAUUCUUCCGGUGUUCGAAGUGCACUUACGUUACGCAUAUCAAGGCCAGGUACACGAAGCACGUUAAGUACCAUUCGAUGCCGAUGAUCAAGUGUGAUAUGUGCGAUUUCCGGACUCCGUACAAGUGGAACCUGGACAGGCACUGCAAGAACCACAACGGGAAGGGCGCUUUCCGUUGCUCCGCUUGCAACUUCACUGCUGACAUCAAGCAGAGCCUCACGGUCCACGAAAUGAACCAUCACGUUCCACCUGUCGGUCAAGCUGCUGGACUUGGUGUUGGGCGUCGCAGGAACAAGGUCGGCGCUAGUGAUACCACGGCAGCCGAAGAAGCGGCCGCAUCCAACCAGGACCCGACGCAGGUAGCGCAACAAACGGACGCUCGAUCCAGGCCAGACGUUGCAGUGAAAGAGGAACCGCAUCGGACCAGGCCGAAAAUCAAAACAACUCCAAAGAAAGCCAAAGUGAGCUCUAGUGCAAGUACAAAUGGUGUGAUAAGUGAAUCGACGCUUCAGGGAAAGUUGUCGGAUUUUAUUCAUCCGGACGAUAUUAUCCAACACUCUAAUGGGAAGGUGUAUAUUAAGAAUAAAUGCAAAUUGUGCAACUUCAAGACAGCGUGGGACAGUGAAAUGGCAAAACAUGAGAAAUAUUUUCACACUUUUGGAAGAGAUGCAAAUGAUCGGGCGGUGAAGAAGGCCCCGAGGCCGAUUCCCAACCUGAUUCCAAUUCCGUUUCCAGCUAAAGUAAAGGCGGAAUUUCCAGAAAACCGCGAGCCAGCGAUGAGCCAGAAGGAUAUUAACGACAUUUGCAGUCGGUCUGGAAAUAGUGCGCUAAAAGACUUUGCAUCGUUGUUCGGGUCCGAGGACGUGUUCAAGAACCCGACGACUUCAAAAGUACCUGAUCUUAUUCCCACAUCAAUAUUUCAAGUAGCGAAUAAAAACAAGACAAUGGACUUUAAGCAUAAAAACGCGUCGUUCUUCGACCAUCUGAAGGAGAAGUUGGGCGUCGCAACCGGAUGCAACCUGAUAUGUGAGUUGUGCGGCCACGAAAGUAAGUGUUUGACAGAGCAGGCGAAGCACAAGAAGAUUUGCGGCAAAGAAAUUACCAAAGCUCCCCAUUACAUACCCAUACAUAACAUUAGUGCGUCGAGGUGCCAACAUUGCAGGCAAAGAUGCAAGUCGAGUACGGAUCUUUUCAAUCACCUGCAAACCUGCCAGGAUGCCCUAAAGUACCGCAAGCUGGAAGAUGAUACCUUGUCAGAGCCGGAGAAUGAGCUGAAAAUUGACGAAGAUCGACAAAGCGCAGAGGACGAGUUCGACAACAAGCCACACCCGAUGGAAAACAAGGUGUUCGUUUGGAACGACAUUAUGGUUCCAAUGGAUAUCGAUGUGGACGACUCCAAUUACGAGUACACAGAAGAUCGAAUCGACGACAAUGUCUCAUUGGAUUUGUCAGUUAGGACCCAGUCGCCAGUUAACAGUGAAAGUAGUUAUUUAGGACAAGAAAACAAUAAUACCAUUAACACCAACAACAAUCUUCCCGGGAGCGUUCAGCAUUCCCCAGUUCAUACUCCCACGACAACGGAAAAGAUUCCCACCCAUGGAAACGACAUUUCGGUUGCACAGCACAAGAGGGUUUUCAAAUGCCCGCAUUGCACUUUUUGGGCAUCGACGGCCUCCCGAUUUCAUGUUCACAUAGUGGGCCAUCUUAACAAGAAGCCCUUCGAAUGUUCGUUGUGCUCUUAUCGCUCCAACUGGAGAUGGGACAUCACCAAACACAUCAAGCUGAAAUCGGUGAGGGAUCAAGCCCACGAAAAUGCGAAAGUAUUAAUGACCGACGAGACGGGCAGAAGAAACUACACCAAAUACAACAAAUACCUGACGGAGAUACCUUUGAGCAGCCUUCAAUCGUCGAGCGAAACCAGCGGGGGUUCGGGAACCCGUCCAAAGAACCAUGACAGGAAUUCGUCACCAUCCACCAGCAAGGGGGACAAAUCGAAUAAGAUGCCAACCAGUGGCGACUUGAAUUCGCUGCUGAAGAUCUCCAACAUUCGGCCACCGCCCGCACUGAGAAUGGCAGGCAAGCAUUUUCUGGCCAACAUCACUCAGGAGAAGAAAUCGAACUCGGACAGCAAGCGGACCUUGUUCAAAUGCAAAAAGUGCAAUUUUAGAGAUGCAUCCAGGGAAAUUCUUCUGCAGCAUGUGAAGGGCCACUAUCAACACCAGGAGCAUCUGGAUGAGCAGGAACAACUGAUGCAGUCCGCAGUGGCAGCUGCAGCCCACUUGACUGUCACUCCUUCACCGUUGUCUUUGGUAACUGGAUCGGGUGCUGCAGGCGGAUUGUUCUCGUCGCAGGAAUUAAGUUUAAGGGGUACGAGUCCUGAUAGAGACGAGGCAAGUGUAAAUAACAGCCCCGCGACGAAGGGCGACCCCACCAUUAAUGCGCCCUUUCGUUGCGGCCAUUGUAAUCAAGGUUCUAACUGGAAGCAUGUCAUUCAGCGACAUUGCAGAUUGAAGCACAACGGCGAUAUCAGAGUGGUAAGCACUAAGAACGGACAGGAAAAAAUCGAAAUCGAUGAGCAACUAGACGAACCAGACGACAUCGAAGUGAUUCAAACCGGCUCCUUCAAAUGCACCUUCUGCCCCUACAGCAACGACAAUCAGGAUUGGUUCGAGCAACACUUGGCCGGCCACAUGCAGCCACCUGAAGACGCCUUCAGUUGUAAUGUUUGCCAGUAUGGAACUGUUGACGAAAAUGAGUUUUACGAACAUUUGAGAUUGCAUACGGCCAUAUCCAGUGACUCCGAAAGUAAAAAGUUUCGCUGCGGCCUUUGUCCUUAUGAUACGAAUUCCAAGUCCCAGUUCAUGCAUCAUAGGCAGUUUCAUAAGGAUAGAGGCGGACAGUAUACGUGCAAUUACUGUUCCUAUAAUGUGAGCAAAAAGCACCUGUUGCACCAACAUCUCAAAGUGCACGGGAUUAGCGUGUCCCCUUCCAAGCUGAGUGGAGAUGCUGUCGAUCUAGGAGAGAUGAGCGAUGAUUUAGAGCCUGCUGCAACACAGUCCUAUAUGGAUUCGUCUCAAUUUCCUGAUAUUCCACUAGUAUGGGUUUCAAAGGACGGGAAGUUUUCAAAGAUGUUCAAAUGCAGGUACUGCCCUCACAUCAAUUUGAGGAAGGUCAAUAUUCACGAGCAUGAAAAAAUGCACAGUACGCGAGAGAAAAUUCCAUCCUCGACCAGAAUUAGUGAUAUCGAACACCGAUGUACCGAAUGCAACUACGUGUGCAACAAUGCAGGAGUGCUUUCUUCCCAUUCGAAAGUGCAUCAGGGCCUGUACGGGGUUGUGCACUGUCUAGUAGAUCUAACCAAGUCUGACGAAGAGCAAAUUACCGAACUCACUAAAGCCCUCAGUUCAGUAGCAGAAGGAAUCGACACAUCUCAAUUCCUGGAAGUGGAGAUGGAGGAGGUUGACUCAACGGAAGAAUUGAUUCACUUUUGCAAACACUGCCCCGCCAGAUUCCUCAAAGAAACCGAAUUUAACAUCCACGGCCAAUUCCACAACUCCGAAUUGGACUUCAAGUGCGAUCAUUGCAGUUAUGCUGCAGACAACGAGCACUAUUUAACUUCGCACCUACAGGUACAUACGUCAGAAUAUCAAGACAGAACGAAGAAGUUGAGGCAACUGCAUUCAACCAGUCCUUCUCAUCCGGAACCGAACGUGAAGGCGAAAGAUUCUUCGAACGACGAGGUGAUUUGGGGCGUUUCAGAAGAUCAAAGAAAUAAUAUUUUAGCAUCCUUCCUCAGCAAACCCUUGAAAUCGACUACGACAGUGCCAUUAUCCGGAACGGACUUGUUCCAACAGCGAUCUGAGGCGCAGCAGAGGCAACUGGCUCAAGGUAUAAAAACAGAACUGAAUGCCGAAGACAAUCAAGGCAAGCGAAAAACGCCCGAUCGCCAGUUUGCAGAGUUUAGGCAUGGAAAUCCGGAUUUCAUCUACCAACCCCAUAUAAAAAAUGGAAUAAUGAAGGAGAAAAGAUAUAAAUGUCACAAAUGCCCCAGUGCUUUUGAAAAACGCGAUCAAUACAACGCCCACCUGGCAUUGCAUGGGUCGAAGCAACGAUAUAAUUGCGAACAUUGCGACUAUUCGGUUCAGCACAGCCAUAGGUUUGCCCAACAUUUAAAGGAGCAUAAGUUCAGUGAUGAUGCUCAUGCUGCGAAGAAAACAGCAAACGAAAGUGAAGAUAUUGAUGAAGGAGACGAAGCGAUGGAAGUGGCAACCGAUGACGUUAAAAAGGAAUUGAGUGUGGCAGAAAACCCAAUGGAUGAUACCCUCCAAAAUCAUGUUUCAUCUUCCACUGGAGAAGAGAAAAAGUCUUUCCUCUGUCCGUAUUGUCCUUAUGCAAUUGGGCGGAAAGAUUGCCUGGACAACCACUUAAAACGACACGAAUGUGUGUCUGGCGUGAAAAGUACCUACUCUUGCGAACACUGUGAUUACUCCGUGCCACAGGCCAAUGUUUCGAGAGACCACGAAAAGUUACAUUUUGUACCAAAUAAAUCCAACCACUUGAAUGGUUACAUGAUAUGUGAUAACUUAAAAUUAACCUCCUCCCACUUAGAUAAGGAUGAAGACGAACAUGUUAUUUUCGAGGAAAGCAGUGGCCAGUCUUUGGACUGGAUCAAGAAGGAAGAGAAAUUUAAUAAUAAUAAAGGUGAAACGCAAUUAUUAGAUGUACAAACUGGGGACUUAGCUGUUAAGAAAGAUGUUAGUGAUUUAAAAGUAGAGAAAACUAAUUUUGAAAUGGAAGUAAAUUAGUCAGACUUCUAGUGAUGAUACUUUAUCAGGUAAAUAACUUAAAUAAAUAAUAUACAUAUAUUAACAAUGUUUGCCUUUUAGUCAUAGAAUAGAGGUAUUUUUACAAAGUAUUUUCACACUAUGGUAGCACUAGAAGAUAAUCGUAUUUGUAGUAUUAUAUUAUAAUUACCACUUCAUGUAUAUACUUAUGUUUUGCUCGACGGAGUAUUAAUUUUUCUUUAGAUGGGUUUUAAUGCCAAAGCAUUUAAUGCCAAAAUUUGCCAUAAUCUUGUUGUUUAUUGUUUACAGAUAAAAAUAAAUGAGUUACCGAAA